AUGGGGAGGAGAGGAGAAGACCUAAUAGAAGAGCUCAACCAGGAGAUCGAUGAACUGCAGAGGAGAUGCAGUGAGCUGCAAUAUCUGAAGGACACCAAGGACCAGCUUCAUCUCCUGCAGAGCUUCCCAUGCCUGACUUCUCCUCCAUCCUCCACAAACUGGUCUGAGGUCAUUGCUGAGCCUGAUAUUUACAUUAGAAGUGUCAGGGCAAGUUUCUCCAAGCUGGUGGACCUCUGCCGGGAAUUGGAAAAGAACCUUUGUGCAGAAGAAAUCAACAAGAUUGGCAAUUAUGCAGUGGAUGUGACUCUGGAUCCUAGAACUGCUGCCAACUGGUUGCUUCUGUCCCCCGAUGGUAAAAAGGUGAGCCUGAGCGGCCAGCAAGGAAUACAGUCGCUCCCUAAGGACCCCCGCAGGUUCGAUUCCUGUGUUGCCGUCCUGGGGCAGCAAAGCUACACCUUUGGGAGGAGAUAUUGGGUGGUUAAGGUAGGAGAUAAAACCGACUGGGAUCUUGGUGUAGCCAAGGAGUCCAUUAACAGGAAGGGCUCCAUUACUGUCCGUCCAGACAACGGUUACUGGGCGAUCUGCAGGAGGAAGGGUGAGAGUCUUCGGGCCUGUGCUGGACCAUCCGUUAUCCUAAAGCUUCAGGAAAUCCCAUCGAAAGUGGGCGUAUACUUGGACUAUGAAGAUGGAUCGGUGUCUUUCUACAAUGCCGAUACAAAGAGUCAUAUCUACACCUACAAAGGGUGUUGUUUUACAGAGCCUGUCUACCCGUACUUUAAUCCCUGCCUUCAUGACAAUGGGAGGAACACAGCGCCACUGAUUAUCUGUCCGGUGGAAACUGGGCUCACUCUAGAGACUGCAGUGCAUUAAGGUUAAUUCAGUAAAGGAUAUAUAAUGAAGUUUACAGCAUUUUAAAGGUUUUAACAAGCACUUGGUUAACCUUUGUUAAACUUUUUAUGUUUAUUAUUAGUAACCCAUUGAGUAUGUUGAAAAACUUAAAGGAAAAGUCCGGUCAUAUUCAGAAUUCAAACUUCUGGAAGUACUUUAGGUAUGAAAUGAUUACAUAGCUUUCAAUAAAUUAAGUGUUUUUAAUUAAGAGUAAUUUAAUUUGAAUAUGCUUUACCAGAGACAUGCAUGGUUGUCAAAGAACACUACUGCCACCUACCGGUUUGUGACGUAACGGUUCGGUAUCGGCUUUUGUGCAAUUCCCAGUGCUGUAUCUAGUGAUUAAUGACGUGUUUUUCCUCUGGCCAGAAGUUGGAUGGCAAAUUCUCCCUCUUCAAGUUAGCAAUCCAACAACGAAAAAUGGCCGGUCACGGCCUCAGUGAAAAAUAUUGUUUUUAUUUUUUUACUGAUUAACUCUUAAUUCAUUAAAUCAAUCCAAACUGAUUAGUUUUAGGUGUAAAUAAUGACCCAUUGGUUAUUCCUUGGUGACCGGACUUUUCCUUUAAGAACCAACCGACAGUUUGCAUUUUUAUAACCUUAUUUUAAAGACUGCUGGCAUGCUUCUUGCAGCUUUUCCAAAUGAAGCAAAGCAAGUGUACAUCAAAUACCUUGCAUACCCGCAUUCGUCAGUAUGUAUUCUGUCACUGUUAUACCCUUUGUUUAAAAUGUAUAUGUCAAUCUUAGGGACUUUAUUGCUUCUUUAUCUUCCUGGAACCAGCAGCUUCGUGCUCCAGUUUUUAUGCUUGGUUACCAAACAUUGUUGGCAGCAGAGCCAGUAACAGUGGAUUAUCUGGUUUUACAGCUUAUUAAUCCUCGUUCUCUGUCUUUCCAUCAU